GCCAGCGGCCCCCCCGGCAGGAGCCGGCGGCCAGGGCCAGGUCGGCCAAGGGCGAGCCCGGCAAGAGGCAGGGCUCCGGUGCCCACGGUGCCCGCGGUGCCCCCCGGGCCCAGGAGUAGGCGGCGAGGGCGCGGCGCGGCCCGAGCGGCCGGAGAGGCCUGAGCCCCGCGGCACCGGCCGGGCGCCGGAGGCUCCUUCCCCAUCCCCUCGGUGGAACGGAGGGGCGGCCGAAAGCGGAGCCCUGCCCGCGCCUCCCACCCGCCGGCAGCCAGGGAGGGCCCCGAAAGGUCUGAGCCAGGGAUGCUGCCGGCAGUGCUGCGGGACGGGGGAGCUUCCAGCACCCGGGCUGUGAAGGGGACGCGUCCGAGCGCCUGUGCCCUGCUUGCGAAGAAAAAACAAAGAAAGAAAGAAAGAGAGAGGAGGAAGGAUUUUAAAAUGAGAUUUUCCUGCUGCUGCUGCUGCCCUCAGCGUGGGUGCUGGCUGCUUUCCCUGGCUUUCCGCGGUGCUGGGAGCCGGGCCCCGCAGCUGCGGGCUGUGCAGCACACGGCCCGGCCUCCAGCCCUGGCCAUCCCGCACCGGGCACAGCGCCUGGAGGGUUCUCCAGAACGCAGGCAGCUGAACGAGGCCGAGCCUGUGGGUGACGGAGGCAUCCCCUUCCACAAGCACAGUGCUAGGCAGGCCCUGUCCCGCGCUCCCCGUGCAGCGGUUUGGCUGUCUCCAGCACGGAUUUCCCCUCAUCGCACGCAGGACUCGGACAAGGCAGCUGGACAAGGGUCGGGAUCGGCAGUCCUGCCGGGCUGCUCGGCCGCUGCAGCCGGGCUCCAUGUGCUGCUGGAGCAGGGCUGCAGCCGUGCCCCCUGCGCAGGGCUGUCCUCGGCACCAGCAUUGUGGUUCUCAGUCACAUCCACGGCCAGGUCUGGGCUUGCUGCUGGGGGCAGAGCAGCCCCCCAGUCCUCCCCCAUUGCCUCCCGUCCUUCUCAGCACAGCAGCCAUACACAGCUGCCUCCGCCCCGCUGGGGCAGCCUUGCCCCAUUUCCAGCCAAACUGUCAGCUUUACAGUCGCUCCCUGGCUGUUGUGAAACACCAUCAGCAGGGAGGGCUCUGGCAGCCGGGCAGGGCAGAGGUCACUGUGCUCGGUGCUGCCGGAGCUGGGCUGCUCGGGGCAGCUCAAGGGGCAGGUUUCACCCUGGCAGGUGGGCUGCCAGCCUGGCUGCCCAGCCGGGACCCAGCGCCUGCCAGCCUGGUGGGCACAGCCUCCCGCAGGACCCUCCUGCCUCCGCGGCUGCUGUGGGCAGGAGGGAGCUGCGGGGUGGCAUCAGACCCUCUUUCCUUCCAAUUCAGUUUGAAACCUCUUGAAAGACAUCACCCUGAUAGACUAGUGAGGCUUGGCCUGCCCGCGCUCACCCUCAGUGUGCCCGUGCAGUCAGAGCUGUCUAUUUUUGUAGUUCAAUAUUUAUAUACUCUAUUAAAAUGCUUUAUGAGAUUGACAGCAGCAGUCGCCAACCAGCUCUUUGGUAAAAACAAACCCCAAAGCGUAUGAGCUGCACUAGCAGGGCAGAAAUUAGCGGCUUUUGCACCUUUUCUUUGGCUGUUAUGUGGCUAGCCAUUUGGAGGACAUGAUCCCUUGUGCUCUCCCAGGGCAGCCCUGAGGGCUGGGACUCCCCAGCUGCUCCCAUGGUCCCUAACACAGCCCUGGGUUUGGGAAGAGCCCAGCAAAGCCACGCUGGGCAGAGCCCCCCUGACAGCGCUCAGGCACUUGAAGCCAGGCCGAGGUGUGCAGCUCCUGGGGCACGAAAGCUCUCGUGGGAAGGGUCUGCAGCCCCCGAGGUACCUGGAGCUGCUGCCUCGGCAGUGCAGAGCCCACGAGCCCCCAGCGCUCAGGUGCCAGGCUGCAGGGAGCCCCGGCAGGAGCCCCCCGUGCCCAGGGUGCCCGCACAGGCUCGGCAGGUGCAGGGCAGCACGGGGGGCUCUGUAACGCCCUGCCGGGCUCUGAGCAGGCAACAUGAGGGAGAAAAGCCCUGAGCUCCCCGGCAGGGCUGCAGAAUGCUUCCCACCUGUUUCCCUCUGCGCAGCGAGCCAGGCAGGCUCCGGGGGGAGCCGGGUGUGCUGGGGCCCUGCUGUCACCCACCCUCGGGGACAGGCAGGGGACAUUUGUGAGGGGAGCAGCCCCAGGGCCCCAGCGGCACAGUUCUGGGGGUGUUGUGCCCCUGGGGGGCUACUGGCCUCUGGAAAUCGCUGUUUCUCUCAGGUUCUGAGCGGUCCUACUGCGGAUUUGUCUCCUCUGGUAGGGUGAAAGAGGCGAUGCCUGUCCCUGUGUGCUCGGCUGUCGCUGCAGCUGCGGCGUGCGCCGCUGCUUCCCAUCCUUCCUAGACAAUCCUGAUAGACACAGUGUGUUGCAUCUUGAUUACAAACUCCUUCAUGAGAUCACGGUGUUUAUGACUGAGCAUUGAAAAGUGGAGGGAGAAGUAUGAUCCUUCUCCUGUGUAAAUACCUUCCUAGCAAUCAUCAUCCGUAGUGCCUAGUAUGUAAAUUAAGCAACCCUGUCUGAGCUGCAGGGCCCUUUCCUCUCCACCAGUAAUUAGCAGCUUGCCCAAGGAGCUGAUGUGGUUGCAGUCCCCCAUGCCGGUCCCUCCCCCGAGCUCCCGGUGCGGGCGGGCAGAGCCGCCUGCAGCGAGGGGGGCUCCCGGGGGAUGCAGAGCCAGCACCCCAGUUCCCCCUUCAUGCCAAUGGAGUGUGCUUGGAGAUGAGUUGUCAGGGUGAGCCCUGCACUUUUCCUUGGGCACAUUUGCCUUGGAGCAGGAAGGAUCAGCUCUUGCGUGCUGUACCUGCUUCAGUCACUGCUGCUUUUCUUAGGGGGGAGGGAAGCUCUAGAGAUACUAUAUAUACACUUAUAUAUAUAUAUAUAUAUAUACACACAUACAUGCACUUGUUUUGAAGGGAAAACACUGUAUGAUUGUAAUAGAAAUAAUGUUGAGAUAAAUUAUUUUAACCUUUGUAUUUAUAUAAAACGAUCAAAGAGAUCAAAAUGAUCAAAAAAAAAUCAAAAAGACAGUAUUCCUAUUUUUUACUGAGCGGGCUGCUGGAGCCACCGUGAGCCUGAGAGCCAUGGGGGGCCCAGGCAGGGCCUGCCCUCCCCUCCUGGAGUGGGGGGCUCUCGUGGGCUCCCCCCUCGCACUGUAAGCUCGCCCUUAGCCUGUAAGGUGUGACAGGGAUCUGGGGGUGCAUUUAUUCCGUGCUCUGCGCUCCUCGGGAGUCCAAAGGGCACGCACAGCUCCGACCUGUGCUGUGGAGGCACAGCGUGAGGAGCACGGCCGCCCGCGGCGAGGGAACGGGCAGUGUUUGACGUUGGCUUGUAAAGCUUAAUGAUUAGACUGGAAAUGGAAGCACAGCAAUAACGCUCGGCUGUUAAACAACGUCUUGUGUGUGUGAACCACCACGUGCUGAGGCUGUCUGCAGACCGACAGCCGGGCUCCUCUCCUCUGCACCUCCUUUCGCUCUGUAGCUCUGCAGAGCCUUAUGGAUUUGAUGUGUUUGGUUUGCUAAUAUCUCUUUUCCUUAUUAUUAUUAUAAUUAUCAUAGUUAUUUUUCCUAAUGCUAUCUGAGAAAGUGACGUCUCAAAUGCACCUUGCAGCAGUGUGAGGUGAGCAGUGGAUGGGGGAAGAUGCACCCGCUGUUCUCUCUGUGGCAGAGCCAGUCCUGGCAAGGGGAUGCAUGCUCCCCUGGACUUAUUUAACCCUGGCAGAUGAGUCAGGAAGUUCUUCUUCUUGACCCUGUUAAAAAGCCAUAUUUUCUGAAUGUGCUUGCUGGGGCUAAUCUAAGCACUCCCAGCCGUGUCCUUCCCCACUAGGCUCCCAACCUUCCCACUGCUGCGUGGCUCUGUGCAGACACUCUGAACUGGGGCCAGGCCCAGGAAGGGAAGCUCUCUGUGAAUCGCCUUGUGGCAGGCCAAGCCAGCUUUGUGGCCCAGCUGAUGGGUGCUCUGCAGGCACUGAGGGCUGCUCUUUCCUGGGUGCCCAGGAGAGGUGGCAGUGACAUAGCAAGAAACGUGCCUGCCGUGGCUGGAGCCAGCAGUGUGAAUUGCUCUGCUUUCCCCAAGUUCUCCCCAUGCUCUCCACGCUAGGAAGGUGAAUCAGCAGCACAACAAGGGACGUCCAUCGUUGGGGGUUACGUGAACCUUUCAGAGCCCUGUGAGCUGGCUCCUGCUGCCCAGUGAAGCCACGCCACCCUGCCUUUCCUGGAGCAGCAGCCCUGAUGAGCCAGCCUGGCUGCAGUGACGCCGGGCGCCUCGCUGCACGCCCGUUCUUGUCACCCUCUUGCACUACGGGGGAGAACUCCCUUACGCCGCUGGGUUGCCUCACGCAGGCAUCUGAGAUGUGUGGAUAAGAUCAGCAGUGCUGAGUGCCGGCUGGGCCAGCUCAGGAUCCAUGAGCACAGCAGCUGUGGAGGAGCCACCAGACACCAGGGCCACUUAAAGCACAAGGAUCAAAGCGCCGUGUCCCCUUGCCAUGAGAGCUGCCCUUUGCUCCCCAGGGCCCCAUUUCUGCCUCUGUGCCCUCCUUGCCAGCCCUGGCCCUGCAGGGACACUGCUGUCCCAGCCCCAUGAUGGGAUGGUGCCUCUGGGCAGGACACGCAGGGUGACACUGCCACCACACCCGGCCCUUCAUGUCACCCUCCCUCUCCUCGCACCUUGGGGCAGGGGGGUGAAGCUGCUGCUGUGUGAGAGGUGCACCCAACCCACACCCAAACGGUGCCUGGUCCUCCCUGGCCAGGGUGUGGUUAUGCCUCCUGGCUCUUCCCGGUAGAUUUCAGUCAUCUUGCAGCUUCCAAGAAAGCUCCCCUUUCCUGUUGUUGCAAUUCUCGCAGGAAUUAGACUAUCAGGCCCUGGGAAUGCCCCAAACUUUGCAUGUCUGAAGCAGCAGAGCCUUUGUGCCCAGGGGCAGUGGGUACAGCACUGAGCUGCAGCCCCCUCGGCCCUGUCUGCAUGUCUCAAGGUCACUGUCACCCCAGUGGGGUGGGGACAUCAACUCUGCCUGGCCAGAGCUGCGCCGGGACCCCCGGGAGGGCUCGGAGAGAUGAGGAGGGCAGCGCCUCUGCCCUCAGCUCCCCUGGUCCCAGGGCAGCUGUGGUUUCGAUGGAGCAAAAAAAUAUUGUCCUUGGCUGAGUUUGUGAAGCUCAGUGAGAACAAUAAACGCCUGUGCCUCGUGCUGGGGAGGCAGAGGGACACAUGCCAAAGGUCUGACACUGCUCUGCUUUAUUUGAAUGUUCAUUUUGCUACAUGCCACCUUUUUUUUUUUUUGCCAGGAUGAUAUUCUUGUCCACUUUGCUUUUUAACCAAGCGCUUUUCAGAAUGUGUUAACACCCAGAGACUAGAGUAUGGAGCUGUACUUUAGAAGUUGUUGUAAUAUGCCUUUUUCUUAAUAAAGAGACUGAAAUCUG